AUGACUGAACAAGAGGAAGAUCUCAUCUUUCGAAUGUAUAGACUUGUCGGUGAUAGGUGGGAUUUAAUAGCAGGAAGAGUGCCAGGAAGAGAACCAGAAGAGAUAGAGAGAUAUUGGAUAAUGAGAAACAGUGAAGGCUUUGCUGAGAAACGACGCCAACUUCAUCAGUCCUCUUCUUCCCACAAAACCACCAAAGCUCACCGUCCUCGUUUCUCUAUUUAUCCUCCUUAA